AAAGUUGGACGCGCACGCUUGGGCAUGGUGGGAUUCUUAUCCAGCGUGGGGAUCUAAUGCGAGGCCACGUUAGACGUCUCGUGUGCCAUGGAAGCCGCAACGGGAACUGACGUCGGGAUCAUCCUCAGGAUGCGCGCGUGAAAGUGGACUGACCGAGAGGCCAGUCAUGGAGCCCGAGUGGAACUGCAGCUGUCGCUGUGAUUCCCCACUCUGCCUCAGCCGCUCGGGGGACCGCAGGCAGCAGGAGAGCAUGGAGGUGCUGCAGAGACUGUGCAACCUCAGCAGGGUGGCGGCGGACUUCCCGAGACGCUCGCUCUCCCCGGUGCUGAGCGCCGUGGUGUGGUCGCUGCUUUCCUGCGGCAUCCUGCUGGCCUUCUGCUUCCUGCUCUUCACCCUGCGCUUCAAAAACAACAGGAUAGUGAAGAUGUCCAGUCCCAACCUGAAUGUCCUGAGUCUCUUGGGAAGCGUCGUCACCUACAGCAGCGGCUUCCUGUUUGCCGUGGACGCGCCAGCGCAGCCCCAGAUGGAAGCGUCGACAGCUCUACUACACGCUCGGGUGUGGACCCUCUGUCUCGGCAGCACCAUGGUGUUCGGACCCAUCUUAGGGAAAACCUGGCGGCUGCACAGGGUGUUCACCCAGCGAGUGCCCGACAAGAGAGUGAUCAUCCGAGAUAUUCAGCUAAUGGCCAUGGUGGCCCUUUUGAUCCUGGUGGACCUGCUGGUCCUGACCGCCUGGAACCUCUCAGACCCCACCCGCUGUUCUCGAUCGCUCGGUGCAGUUGUUAAGAUGGUGGAGAAGGAAAUCUCUUAUUCUUUGUCACAGCUUGACUCCUGCUCUUCUGUGUACUCGGAUCUGUGGAUUAUCAUUAUAGUUGUUAAAAAGGUGUGUCUCCUGCUAUACGGCACUUAUUUGGCCGGCCUGACCAGCGACGUCAGCCACCCUCCGGUCAACCAAUCUCCCACCAUCCUCACCGCCGUCACUUUGGUCACCCUCUGCUCCGGCGUGGCCGUCCCCGUGGCCGUCUUCAUGCCGGCUUGGCCCAACGUGGUCUACGGCACCGUGGCCGGGGCCAUUUUCGUCUGCACGCUGACUACCAACUGCAUGCUCUUUGUGCCCCAGCUGACGGAGUGGCGGCACUUUGAGGAGGAUCACAUCAACCCGGGUCAGCUGGCCAAGUACUUCAGCAGCCCCAGUAAGAGCCAGCCUUCAGUCUACAGCCAGGACGACGUCUACUUCCUCCUCGGGGAGAACAACUCCAUGAAGAAGCUCCUCAACGAGAAGAACGCCGUGAUUGACAGCUUGCAAGAGCAGGUGAGCAACGCCAAAGACAAGCUUCUGCGUCUGGUGUCAGCCAGCCAGCCGUCAGAGGAGCAGGACGUGGACAACCGCCACUCCUCUUCCACUCAGACCGCAGAAUUGCAGUCUUGUCACCUUCCAGCUUCUCUACCUCAUAGCGACGUCAAAUCCAGACUCUCCCCAACGGCACCUGUCUCCCCUCAUCUUGUCACUGCUCCGUUGUCAUCUGGUGGUCUGGGUUCUUCUGAUCGUCCACCUUUGCCUUGCUCCGUAACCCCCGCUGCUGCCCCAUUUCCUCUUUAUGGUGGGUUGGAUGGAGGCCCAUGCAACUCCAUAACAGAAGACCCCCUCCGGUCUUCGGGGGGUUUUCGGACAACAGAGGAGACGGUUCAGUUUGUCAACUCCCAACAAUCCCCCAGACUUUUGAGCCCUUUUGAGGUUGAAACCUUUAGUAAUGGAUCAGCAUCCCCCUUGGGACCAAACACCAGACUGGCUGGUUUCGUUAGUAGAGAGAAGUUGCAGGAGAUCCUCCAAGAAUUGAGUGUGGACACUGUCUUGGAAACUGUUCUAAAAUCUGCGAGGAGUCCUUCUUCCCAUGCCAGAUUUACCGAGACCUUGUCACUUUCCCCCAUCUCUCUGCGGACCCCGCGUUCGCCGAAUCCUCCUUUAGUCUUCCGCUAUCCCAGCAUCUCCCCCUACGCCAUGAGGAAACGUCGACCGCCCUUCCACUCGCCCAGACGUGGUUUGACGCCGCCUUGCCUCCACGCAGAGAGGCGGAUGAGGGACUGUCAGAAGCGAAGAAAGCACCCCGAGGGAGUCAACCUGAACGGAGGAGUCACCACGGAUGGUAUCAACCUCCAGGUUCCCAACUGCGACCUUGACGUACAAGAUGAGGAAGUGAGAAGUUUGGCAUCAAGGCCUCACGGCUGUUCUCUGCAGCACGUCGAUCCGUCUGACGUAGAAACGGGCGGCGACACCAAAGAGCACCCCCGCGGACACGCGGCGGACCACCGCAGGUACUGGGACUCGGACUCGAGCAGCUCCACCGACUACUGCUUCUACCACCGACCUUACUGCGACUCCUGCUUGCAGCGAGGCUCGUUCCUGUCCUCGGACUCCUCAGACUCCUCGGACAGCGAGUACGAAGGUUACGAUCUCUACCGCUCGGCGCAUCCGGUGGUGUUCAAGGAAGACCUCAAACCCACGUUCGUUUAAAGACCACUUUCGGCAAUGUUUUCACUAAAUUCCCAAGAUUUGAGAACAACUUCAGUAGCAAUGAAGCUCAUUUGCAGUUAGCGUCAUUGAAUUAAUUUGACUACAUUUUGUAUUUAAUUGUAAUUAUUUUUAAAGACAUACGUACUGUACGUGGAAAAUUCUCUCUUAACUUGCCGACCUUGAGUUCUGGCGCAAACAACUUCACCAAACACUAAGUCUGGGUAAAUAAAUAAAUGAGGUGAUUUGAUUUUGAAAAAUCUUAUGUAACCUGCACACACUUGUAGUGCAUACUACAACUUUGCAAACGAUAACAAUUGUCAAGCAAUAAAGAGAUAACUGUUUCUUAUGAUAAUAGGUGCUCAGUAGAGAGAGAAGAAAGAAAAAAAAACAUACACGUGCCGAAGAUUCACUGUAACUUCUCUUAACAACUCAGGCAAAAUUUAGCCCCAUCCUGAUAUACAACAGUUUUACAACAGUCAAAAUGGAGCUCUUCACAUACUUCCUUGACACCAAUUUCUACUUUCCUACUAGCCAGGGUGUGGCGCCAGCUUGUGACAUAUUUGGGUGAUACAAAAAGAGCACAAAAAAAUAGACAGAGAGCCGCGACUUGGUAGGGUUUUCAUCGA